AUACCUUGACAACCCUGGCGAUUUGCUUCUAGAAAAGUCGGCAUUUUUCGCAUUUUCACCUGGCACGACUUGCAGCGUGUUUCAUUUAGCGAUAAAUUUGGGAAAAAGGACUGUAAAUCCGCUCCAUCAUCCGCCCCACCAGCAGAAAUGGACAAGGUGAACGAACUCAAGGAAAAGGGCAACCAGGCGCUGAACGCCGAGAAAUUCGACGAGGCAGUGGCUGCGUACACGGAGGCCAUCGCGCUGGAUGGCCAGAACCAUGUGCUCUUCAGCAACCGUUCAGCAGCCUACGCAAAGGCCGGAAAAUUCCAGGAGGCGCUAGAAGAUGCCGAGAAGACCAUCCAGCUGAAUCCCACUUGGCCGAAAGGCUACUCGCGCAAGGGAGUCGCCGCCGCCGGUCUACACGACUACAUGAAGGCUUUCAAUGCGUAUAACGAGGGUCUCAAGUACGAUCCCCAGAACGCCAUACUCCUGCAAGGUCGCACGGAAAUCACGAACUCGGCCCUGAGCUUCAUGCAAGCGCACGGCGACAUUCCCAUGGACAUAGAUCCCCAGCAGACGCGCAGCAGCCGCGCUCCCUCGCCACCGCCGUCAAAACCCGCUGAGCCCCCGAAGCCGGCUGAGCCUCGGGUGGAGGACAUGACCGAGGAGCAGAAAAAGAAGUACUUCGCCAAGAAAGAGAAGGAGCUGGGCAACGCUGCCUACAAAAAGAAGGAGUUCGAGACAGCCCUGGCACACUACAAUGCUGCCAUCGAGCAUGAUCCCACGGAUAUUACCUUCUACAACAACAUAGCUGCCGUUCACUUCGAGCGCAAGGAGUACGAGGAGUGCAUCAAGCAGUGCGAGAAGGGCAUCGAGGUGGGUCGCGAGAGUCGCGCCGACUUCAAGCUGAUAGCCAAAUCCUUCGCCCGCAUCGGGAACACCUACCGCAAGCUGGAGAACUACAAGCAGGCAAAGGUGUACUACGAGAAGGCCAUGUCCGAGCACCGCACGCCGGAGAUCAAGACAUCGCUGAGCGAGGUGGAGGCCAAGAUCAAGGAGGAGGAGCGCAUGGCGUACAUUAAUCCCGAAAAGGCAGAGGAGGAGAAGGAGCAGGGUAACCACUUCUUUAAGAAGGGUGACUACAGCACCGCCGUGAAGCACUACACCGAAGCCAUCAAGCGUAAUCCGGAUGAUCCCAAGCUGUACAGCAACCGCGCCGCCUGCUACACAAAGCUGGCCGCCUUCGAUCUGGGCCUUAAGGACUGCGACACGUGCAUCAAGCUGGAUGAGAAGUUCAUCAAGGGCUACAUCCGCAAGGGCAAGAUCCUGCAGGGGAUGCAGCAGCAAUCCAAGGCCCAGGCUGCCUACCAGAAGGCCCUCGAACUGGACCCCAACAACGCGGAGGCCGUCGAGGGCUAUCGCCAGUGCUCCAUGAACUUCCAGCGCAAUCCGCAAGAGGUGCUUAAAAACGCGAUGUCCGAUCCGGAGAUCCAGCAGAUUCUCAAGGACCCGGCCAUGCGCAUGAUCCUCGAGCAGAUGCAGAACGACCCGAAUGCCGUCAAAGAACACUUGCAGAAUCCAGCCAUCGCCGAUAAGAUAAUGAAACUGCUGGAAUCGGGCAUCAUCCAGAUACACUAGGCACUCCACCCCACACACCCUCAUUCACUCACCAACUCACACAACCAUAUUGAUAAACAUUCAGGAGACAAAACCCCUAUAAUACGCAUUAUACAAGAUUUAUGGCACCUCCAAGCUGGUUAACUAAUAUAUCGUUUUUGAUGAAACGGGCCACAAUUAAUGCUAAACAUAAUUACCUUAGAAAUCGCAAAGCCUAAACGCAGAACGGCGACACUACCACUAACUAAAGAAAUUAAAACUAAUGCGAUAAUACAAAAUCAUUGAUAAAUGUCUGCCUAGUUGAUUUACGCAGAUGGAUGGAGUAGGCUCCAAUCCACGAGGUCCUUAUUUUCUUACUACAAUAAAUAUGCUGUAGCUUAGCUCUAAAAUAAGUUUUUGAAUGUAAAAUAAAUGAGUCAAAGAAUGGUAA